AUGGCCCUCUCCCAGAGCCCCAGCCGCACGCGGUUCCUGUCCGACUUUACGCUGGGCUUCUCCGACGGCCUGACGGUGCCCUUUGCCCUCACCGCCGGCCUCAGCUCGCUGGGCAAGGCCGACACCGUCAUCUACGCGGGGCUCGCGGACCUCUGCGCCGGCAGCAUCAGCAUGGGCAUCGGCGGCUACCUCUCCGCCCUGGACGAGCUGCCGGGGCCGCCGCCGUCCGACGAGGGUGACGAGGAGGAGCUCCGGGGCAUGCUCCGGCACCACAACCACCGCCGCGGUUUCCAUGGCGACGACAGUCUUGACGAGGAGGCGCUGGAAAAGGGCGACGCGGCCGGCGCGCAGGAGCAGCUCGUCCUGCGCCACCUCGAGCCGCUCUGCCUGUCGGCGACGACGGCCGCCAGCAUAGUCGCCACGCUCCGCAGCCAGCCCGGCGGCCUGGACCGCGCCGUCGCCGGCAUCCACCAGGUACGUGACGACGACGAUGCUGCUGCUGCUGCUGCUGCCGACGACGCCGCGCCUCUUCCCAUCUGGCCCGUCGCCUCGGGCCUCUCCAUUGCGCUCGGCUACGCCGUCGGCGGCGCCAUCCCGCUGCUGCCGUACCUGUUCACCGCCACCGUCGGCACCGGCAUGCGCUGGAGCAUCGGCCUCUGCCUGGCUGCGCUCCUGUCCUUUGGCGCCGGCAAGAAGUGGCUGCUGGGUGGUGGCCGUGUCAGGUGGCAGCAGUGCCUCUGGUCGGGGCUGCAGAUGCUGGCCCUCGGCAGCAUUGCGGCGGCGGCGGCGGUGGCGUGCGUGCAUCUCCUGGGCUCCUUGACCGAGGCUCGCUGA